AUGGGUAAAAAGAAAGCAGCAUUCAAACAACCUUCUGAAAACAACAAAAAUCUCCCAAAGAAAGAGGGCUUUGUAUUUUCUUUUGUAAAACCACUUCCAGAAGCCAUUACAGUGCCUCUCCCACCAGACCCAGAAGAUGCUGCUGUGAUGUCAGAGAACAUGUUUGAGAAAAGGCCUAACUGUGACCAGAAGGACUUAGAGAAAGAGUUUUUCAGAGAAGAUGACAAGGCUACAGAACGAACCUUGUACAACCAAUAUGAGGAAAAGAUCCGACCCUGCAUUGAUCUUGUUGACAGCCUGAGAUCUCUUGGAGUAGAAAAGGAUCUGUCCUUGCCUGCGAUUGCAGUGAUUGGAGACCAGAGCUCUGGGAAAAGUUCUGUCCUUGAAGCCCUCUCUGGUGUUGCCCUUCCCAGGGGCAAUGGUAUUGUCACUCGGUGUCCCUUGGAACUUAAACUCAAGAGGUUGCCUGAAGGCCAGGCAUGGCAAGGGAAGAUCUCCUACCGAAAUGUAACGCAGGAGCUCCAGGACCCCUCUGAGGUGGACAGAGCAAUAAGGCAAGCCCAGGAUGUUGUGGCCGGUCCUAGAGGUGCCAUUAGCGGGCAGUUAAUUUCCCUGGAAGUUCAGUCCCCUGAUGUCCCAGAUCUGACACUCAUUGAUCUUCCUGGAAUUGCCAGGGUGGCCGUGGGGGACCAGCCAAAAGACAUCGGGGACCAGAUCAAAACGCUACUUAAAAGAAUCAUUGGCUGCAAAGAGACAGUCAAUUUGGUAGUGGUGCCAUGUAAUGUGGAUAUUGCAACAACAGAAGCAUUGAAAAUGGCUCAAGAGGUGGACCCCGCUGGAGAAAGGACAAUAGGAAUCCUCACAAAACCCGACCUCGUGGACAGAGGGACUGAAGAGGCUAUAGUUAAAAUACUGCAAAACAGGGUAAUCCCCCUCAAAAAAGGCUACAUGAUCGUGAAGUGUCGUGGGCAGCAGGACAUCCACAACAAACUGACAUUGGCUGCUGCCAUCCAACAGGAGAGAGCCUUCUUUGAGAAUCACAAACAUUUCAGGGCUGUUAUGAAAGAAGGAAAGGCUACUGUCCCCUGUCUGGCAGAGAAGCUCACAAAUGAACUUGUGAAACACAUUAUUAAAACUCUGCCAGCACUGGAGAGCCAAGUUCGUAACACCCUCCAUGAAACUUUGCAGGAUCUGCAAAGGUACAAUAGAGGCACACCCCAAACAGAGUCUGAGAAGCUGUUUUUCCUCACAGAUUUGAUCAAACUCUUUAACCAAGACAUCUCUCAGAGCACACGGGGAGAGGAGCAGCUGUUUGGAGAUGAAGUCAGGCUGUUCACCAAGAUCCGCAAGGAAUUCUGCACGUGGGGUGUCAUUCUCCUGGAGUGUGCUGCGAGGGCUAAGAAAACCGUCCCCAGUAGAGUGUGGAAAUACGAAGAUCAGUUCCGUGGGCGGGAGUUCCCAGGCUUCAGCAACUACAGGACGUUUGAGGACAUUAUAAAAGAGCAGAUCAGAGAACUGGAGGAGCCAGCAGUUCAGAUCCUGAACAAAGUGAUAGAACUGGUUGAAGAGAAAUUUACGGAAAUUGCUAAAAGGAAUUUUGCUAAUUUUCACAAUCUAAGCAGAGUUGCCAAGGUUAAAAUUGAAGACAUUAGAGAGAAACAAGCAGCAGAGGCUGAAAGACAUAUCCGGGCACAGUUUAAAAUGGAGAGAAUUGUGUACUGCCAGGAUGACCUUUACCUUGGUGAUUUAAAUACUUUUAAGGCAGAAAACGUUGCCCUGGGGAAAGAUCUGCAGUCGCCUGUUGUCAUGGAGAUGGUUUCUCACACCAGCGCCUAUUUCUCUGGAGCAAGUAAACGCCUCUCCAAUCAGAUACCUCUGAUCAUCCUGUCUUCUGUCCUUCGUGACUUUGGAGAAAACGUGCAGACCUCUAUGCUGCAACUUUUACAAGAUAAAGAGAAGUUAAACUUUCUCCUUGAGGAGGACACUGAAGCUGCUAAAACCAGGAAUUACCUUAGCCAAAGAGUUGAUCGUCUCACCAAAGCCUGCCAGUACCUGAGAGACUUCAGCUUGUUGUAA